CUUAAGAACCCAUUUUCUUACAAAAGUGCUUUUUUUGGGAUUGAAUUCGAGAGUGUUUUGUGAUUAAAAGCUUAUUUAUGGUCGAGAAUAUGUCACCUACUAGAGAUACGGUUGCGUUUUUUAAUGAUGUGGAGCUUCAUGAUCGCCCACGCUCAUUUGUUGGUAUAUCUCCUACUCUUGGUCAGCUUUUCAAACGGGUUGGUGACAUGCGGCGGGAAGCGAACGGAGAUGGAAACGAGACGCCGGUUCAUGAUCAGGUGGUGGACAUCGACGGCGUGAAUUUGGAGCCGAGGUCUCUGCCAUUAAUGCUCUCCUUCAACAAUCUCACAUACAGCGUCAAAGUUCGUCGUAAGCUUAGUUUCUCGUCGGUUUUCCGGCAACGGGGGAAUAGACUCGGCGGUUCUGCGGCCGAUGAGACAGUCGUUGGCGACAGCCUAUUCACGAAGACGAAGACUCUGUUGAACAACAUCUCCGGUGAGGCUCGAGAGGGCGAGAUUUUGGCCGUUCUUGGAGCGAGUGGCUCGGGGAAAUCGACGUUGAUUGAUGCAUUAGCUAAUAGAAUUGCUAAAGGAAGCUUGAAAGGAACAGUGAGAUUAAACGGCGAGGUGUUGGAAUCGAGAUUGUUGAAGGUAAUCUCUGCUUACGUUAUGCAAGAUGAUCUUCUCUUCCCGAUGCUUACGGUGGAGGAAACUCUAAUGUUCUCGGCUGAGUUUCGAUUGCCUCGAACGCUUUCGAAAUCGAAGAAGAAAUUGCGAGUUCAAGCGUUGAUUGAUCAGUUAGGGCUACGGAAUGCAGCGAAGACUGUGAUUGGCGAUGAAGGACACCGCGGCGUCUCCGGCGGAGAGCGGAGACGAGUCUCGAUUGGAAUCGACAUAAUCCACGAUCCGAUCAUUCUCUUCCUCGACGAGCCGACAUCGGGACUGGAUUCGACUAGUGCGUUCAUGGUGGUGAAAGUUUUGCAGAGGAUUGCUCAGAGUGGUAGCAUCGUCGUCAUGUCCGUUCACCAGCCGAGUUAUCGGAUUCUCGGAUUGCUAGAUCGACUGUUGUUUCUCUCUCGUGGACAAACCGUUUACAGUGGCUCCCCUGUCAAUCUACCGAUGUAUUUCGCAGAGUUCGGUCAUCCAAUACCGGAAAACGAGAACAGGACUGAGUUCGCGCUCGAUCGGAUUCGAGAACUCGAAGGCUCGCCAGGAGGAACCAAGAGCUUGGUUGAAUUCAACAAAUCAUGGCAGAGUAUGAAGAACAUUCCAAAAUCAGAGUCAGAUCAGCAGAGCACGUCGUUAAAGGAAGCCAUCAGCGCAAGCAUUUCAAGAGGAAAAUUAGUCUCUGGCGCAACAAACAACGACGCGAGCCCUAGCUCUAUGGUUCCAACCUUCGCAAAUCCAUUUUGGAUCGAAAUGGCUGUUCUCUCAAAGCGAUCGAUGCUAAACUCCCGCCGAAUGCCAGAGCUCUUCGGAAUCCGACUCGGCGCCGUCUUAGUCACCGGUUUCAUCCUCGCCACCAUGUUUUGGCAACUAGAUAACUCACCAAAAGGCGUUCAAGAGCGGUUAGGUUUUUUCGCUUUCGCCAUGUCCACAACCUUCUACACCUGCGCCGAUGCUCUUCCAGUGUUUCUUCAAGAACGGUACAUUUUCAUGAGAGAAACAGCCUACAACGCAUACAGGAGAUCCUCCUACGUUCUAUCUCACUCUCUGGUAGCCUUACCAGCGCUGAUCUUCCUGUCCUUAGCUUUCGCAGCGACGACAUUUUGGGCCGUCGGACUGGACGGCGGAAUCACAGGUUUCUUGUUCUACUUUCUGAUAAUUUUCGCUGCGUUCUGGGCGGGAAGUUCAUUCGUCACUUUCCUUUCGGGAGUAGUGCCUCAUGUAAUGCUUGGCUACACCAUUGUCGUAGCGAUUUUAGCCUAUUUCCUUCUCUUCAGUGGAUUCUUCAUCACUCGCGAUCGAAUUCCAGGUUACUGGAUCUGGUUCCAUUACAUUUCGCUUGUGAAGUAUCCUUACGAAGCCGUUUUACAGAACGAAUUCGGCAAUCCGACGAAGUGCUUCGUGAGAGGCGUGCAGAUUUUCGACAACACGCCGCUAGGAAUCGUGCCGACCGCCCUGAAAUUGAAGCUUCUGGAGAAUAUGAGCAACACUCUGGGGAUGAAGAUCACGAGAUCCACUUGCUUGACGACGGGAUCUGACAUUCUGCAACAGCAAGGAGUGACGGAUUUGAGCAAGUGGAAUUGCUUGCUGGUGACUGUGGCUUGGGGAUUUUUGUUCAGGAUUCUGUUCUACUUUUCGCUUCUGAUUGGAAGCAAGAACAAGAGAAGAUGAACAAGAAAAAAGGAAAAAUCAAUGGCGGCGGAAAUCAGGAUUGUUUGGGUUCGAAGGAAUGUUCAAAUGGGUUCGUUUUUUUUUUUUUUUU